UUUGUCCUACCUCGCUUUGUGGUUCCGUGAAAUUCAAAUUCCGUGACAGGGCAUGUUUACAGACACAGACUCGUGCACGAUUAGCGGUUUAAUAGUAAUUCAUCGAAGGUAGCUAAACGAUCAGUUUAUAGCUCGGAGAAACAAAACUGUAUUGUAAAAUGUGGCGACUCAAAUCAGUCCAUCACAAAGCGAACCGCUCUGCCAAGGACCUGGAGGAGUUUAAGCGCAAGAGGAGAGAGCAUGAAAAAGUACUGAGACAGGCGAGGAGGGAUAGACAGCUCAUUAGCAAGAGGCUUCUGUUAAAUGAAGAUGAGCAGGAUAAAGAGUUCAUGGAAACAGACGGGACUCCUGUAUCUCCAGACCAGAUGCAGGAGAUGUUACGCAGUGUGCAGAGUGGUGGAGAAGAAAAAGCCACACAUCUGGCUGUGCUGAGGAAGGCACUGAGAGACCCUCAGACACACCUCAUCUUCACUAAGCUGGAGAGCAGCAUGUAUGUGCUGGUUGGACAGCUGAGUGGACACAAUGCCCAGUGUCAGCUGGAAGCUGCUAGGUGUCUCCAUGAGCUCUCUCACUCUCUUCACCCUGGCGUAGGGCAGUCCUGUUUACCUGCCACUCCUUACCUCCUAACAUACCUCUCCAGCCCUUGUGCCAAACUCGCAGAGCUUUGUCUGUAUACGUUAGGGAACCUAUGGACUGAGGGAGCUGUGAUGAAAGAAAAGCUGCUUGCCCAAGGCAUAGUGCCUGCCCUCGCUAACUGCAUUCAGAAUCAGAGAUGUAACCUGGCAGUGGUGGAGGCAGCUGGCUUUACAUUGUCCCAGCUUCUCCAGGAUAAAGAUGCUGCAGACACAGUUAUUCCGUUGGUCAUAUCCUCUGGUUUGGUCCCUCAUUUGACCUCAAUUUUGACUCCAGAUCCUGAGUUUGGUUUUGGACCAGCCAUCGAAUGUGCCUGGUGUUUACAUUAUAUAGUGUCACGUGCUGUUGAUACAUCUGCCUUGCUGACUCAAGGAGUCCUGUCACAGUGCUGUAACCUUUUGAUUACACUAGGAGGGGCUGUUUCUAAAGGAAGCACUGAGGAGAGCCUGGAACUGCUGAUCUGGCCCCUGCUGCGUUGCCUGGGUAACCUGCUUGCCAGUGGGGUGUGUGAGGGUGCAGGAUGUCCUGUAGGUUUAGAGGAUGCUCGUCUCUUAGGUGCUCUGUGUGUGUUCUGCCAAUCUUACCUUUCCUCUCACUUUGGUCUUACCAGGGAGAGCUUAUGGGUCCUCAACAACCUCACAGCUGGUUCCACAGUGUUUUGCUCAGCUCUGUUGUUCUGCAAUAUGGUGCCAGCACUACUCCAGCUUUUGCCAUUCUCCAAGGGAAUCAAUACUAUGGUUCUGAGGAUUCUUGGUAAUGUUGCCCACAAUGGGACAGGGUACUGUGUUCAGCUGACCCAGGCGGGCCUUCUCCCAGCCCUUUGUGCCACACUCAAAAUGGCUGAUCCAGAUGUGGUGACCCUAAGCCUGGAGGUUUUAUACCUGGUGACUGCUAACAGCCCUCAGAUAGCUGAAGAGUUUGUUAAGCUGAAUGGUGUUUCUCUACUGGAAGCAAUUCAAUACAAUAAUGAAGAAGAGCAAUGUCUGAGGGCAUCUUUCCUCUUAGAUCAUUAUCUCCACACUCACUCCACGGCUGAUAACCCAUCAUGACUCAAGAGUGAAGACAACGAAACAAGCCUACCAUACCAUUGUUGUAAAUCUCUAGAACUCUAACUUAUUAGUGGUUAACUGAAAUAUCUGUGUAUGCAAUGUAUUUUUUUAUAUAUUUACACAAAUGUUAUAAACAAAAGUUUUAACUUUGAAUAAAAUGCUAAAUUGAAAUUGA